UCACGUCUAUAACAGUUUAUAACAGUUUAUGUUUGUCUAUUGUUUUUUAGCAACGAUAAGGUCAACCUUUUACAUAAUCACCUAAGGUACUUAUCCUAUGUUUUAAAUAUCGUCCACGGUACUCAUUCUUUUAUUUCAGGAUCAACCAUGGUACUUCAACUUUUAAUGAACUAUCACUUAAAGUACUUAAUCUUGAUAAUUAAAACAAUAAAGGUUCGUUGGUAAUUAAAAAAGGGACAUCUGUCACACCUGACAACGAAAAGCAAAUCUGAACCCUGCAUAAAUGAAGGUGCAACACAUUAUUCAACUGAACACUCAACCCCUUUCUGAAAACCCUCGUCUCAUUUUUUUUCUUACCAGCCUUCCCAUAGAUCUCCACUCCCAAGACACAACGACAAUGGAAGGACAAGCUAAACAAGUUGUGUGCGACUGUGGAAUUCCAUGCCGUAUGCAGAUUUCCUCUACCGAACGAAAUCCAGGACGGAGAUUUUACGGCUGUUCGAAGAGAAAUAAUCAAUGCGAUUUUUUUGCGUGGGUGGAUAACGACAUGGCCUAUCAGAUGACGAUGGUCAGGAAUUUGAAAAGUGAGGUUAAUGGCAUGACUGAAGAACGCAACAAAGCUCUACUGGAACUAGUUCAUGCCCAUACUCAGGUGGCGGCUAAAACUGACGAACUGGAGCAACUUAAUGAGGCCUUCGAGGGAUUGAAGGAGUCCAUUGAGAUGUACCACGAAGAAAAUGUGCUUAUGAUCCAGGAUAGUGGUCUGCAACUUAUGGAGAUAAACACUCUGAAGAAACACGUCAAGCUGAUGGAAGUCAAGUGCUCAGACAUGGAGAGGAAAAACAAGAUCAUGAGGCUUGGUUUUUUUGUGGCAUUUGCAGUUGCCGGUUGCAGUUUAUCCGUUGCUUGUUUGAAGAAAAAAUGAUGCAUUUUCUAUUAAGUGACAAUGGCUUGUGUUUGUGCAGUGUUGUUAGUAAACUGCGUUCCAAUAAUUUUUUGUAUUAUCUUAAACUCAUUUAAUUUGCUUGUUGGGAAAACUUUGUGUGAUUCAAAAAUUUAAAUUACAGUACUGUCGUUGAUUACAUAAUUUAAGUGCAGGUGCUGUCUUUCAUAAUUAAAUAUAAGUUCAGGUGCUGUCUUUCAUAAUUGGUCGAAAUGUCAAGGGCUAUAUUAGACUUCACAGAGAAAUAAACCGCCAAAAAAAUGAAAACUUAAUGGCAAAGAUUAGCAAUGGGUUUUCCAAGAAACCCUUUCAUUACACCCGUUCCAUCAGUUGUAUUGUUCCAAUGCAGCCUCUUCGUUAACCACAACCACUAACACAAAGGGCAUGUAAAGAAAUUGAAGAGUCAUGAUGGUAACUUAUUUAAAUAGGCAACCACAGCAACUGAUUCAACCAUUUCAGAUUACACAAAUUGUUCUUAUUCUCAGAAAAACCAGAAGAUGUCCGAUAAUAUUGUUGUGUCUUCACUUAAUGGCUAAU